CUUGAAUACCGGAAAACGCGCGUGCCGGGCGGAGAGGCCUGGCGCGAGUGUUGUGCCGCCAUGGGCCGCAGAAGAGCGCCCGAUGCCGGGACUCUCGGCCGGGCCCUUAUCCGCCAGAAGACUCAGCGGAGCCGUAACCACCGUCACGCCGAUUCCUGGUUGCACACAAGUGAGCUCAAUGAUGGCUACGAUUGGGGUCGUCUUAAUCUUCAGUCAGUAACUGAACAGAGUUCCCUCAAUGACUUCCUUGCAACUGCAGAACUUGCAGGGACAGAGUUCGUAGCUGAGAAGCUGAAUAUUAAGUUUGUGCAUCCGGAGGCUAGAACUGGACUGCUGUCUUUUGAGGAGAGCCAGAGAAUUAAGAAACUCCAUGAAAAAAACAAACAAUUCCUGAGUGUACCACGGAGACCAAAGUGGGACAAAAACACUAGUCCUGAAGAACUCAAACAGGCAGAGAAAGAUAACUUUCUAGAAUGGAGACGUCAGCUUGUCCGGCUAGAAGAGGAACAAAAGUUACUAUUGACUCCAUUUGAAAGAAAUUUGGACUUUUGGCGCCAGCUGUGGAGGGUGAUUGAGAGAAGUGAUAUCGUGGUCCAAAUAGUAGAUGCUCGAAACCCACUCCUGUUUAGAUGUGAGGACUUGGAAUGUUACGUGAAAGAAAUAGAUGACAGUAAGGAAAAUGUCAUUCUGAUAAAUAAGGCAGACUUGCUGACUGCUGAGCAGCGGAGUGCCUGGGCCACAUACUUUGAAAAAGAAAAUGUGAAGAUUAUCUUCUGGUCGGCUUUGGCUGAAGCCAUUCAACUGAUUGGUGACUCUGAGGAACAUGUGAACGAGGGUGCUGGAGAAGCCAAUACAACCGAGUCUGAAAACUCCAGUUGUGAUGAGGCUGAAAAUCCUCACAGUGAGACCGAACAGCUCCUGGAUGGGGGAUCCCCGCCACUUGGUGAAGUUGCCAGUAGCGAUGAAGACAACAGUGAGUACGAGGACUGUCAGGAGGAGGAGGAGGAAGUUUGGCAGACGUGUUCGGAAGAGGACAGCAACCCUGACGAAGAGCCCUGUGGCUGGGACAGGAAGGAAAGCUGUACUGUGGAUUCUGAGGCUCAGGGCAGGAACACCCUGGAGAAGAGUCACACACGCAAUUUCAGCCACCUGGUAUCAAGGCAGGAGUUAUUGGAGAUCUUUAAGCAGCUACACACCGGGAAGAAAGUGAAAGACGGACAGCUUACCGUUGGACUGGUGGGCUACCCGAAUGUUGGUAAGAGUUCCACAAUCAACACCAUCAUGGGCAACAAGAAAGUGUCUGUGUCUGCCACACCUGGUCACACCAAGCAUUUUCAGACUCUCUAUGUGGAACCUGGCCUCUGCUUAUGUGACUGCCCGGGCCUGGUGAUGCCAUCCUUCGUCUCUACCAAGGCAGAAAUGACUUGCAAUGGAAUCCUCCCUAUUGACCAAAUGAGAGACCACGUUCCCCCUGUGUCACUAGUUUGCCAGAAUAUUCCGAGAUAUGUUUUAGAAGCUACCUAUGGCAUUAAUAUCAUAAAGCCUAGAGAGGAUGAAGAUCCCCAUCGACCUCCGACAUCAGAAGAACUGUUGACAGCUUACGGAUAUAUGCGAGGAUUCAUGACUGCGCACGGGCAGCCAGACCAGCCUCGGUCUGCUCGCUAUAUCCUGAAGGACUACGUCAGUGGUAAACUUCUGUACUGUCAUCCUCCUCCUGGAAGAGACCCUGUGACCUUUCAGCAUCAACACCAGCGACUCCUAGAGAACAAAAUGAAUGGUGGUGAACUAAAAAUACAUCCAGGCGGAAAUAAAAAAGCAAAACAGAUUGAAAAUAUAGUUGACAAAAGUUUUUUCCAUCAAGAAAACAUGAGAGCUUUGACCAAAGGAGUCCAGGCUGUGAUGGGCUACAAGCCAGGGAGUGGCCUGGUGACUACAGCUGCUGUGAGCUCUGAGAGCAGGGCUGGGAAGGCCUGGAAAAAACAUGGCAACAGAAAUAAAAAAGAGAAAACUCGUAGACUCUAUAAGCACCUAGAUACGUGAACUUGGGCUGCAGUGGAAAUGGCAUCUGUGUUGUGCACCUGGAGAAGAAACAGAAGCUGCUCUUGGCCGUGAUGCUGUGAAAUGGACCCUGCUUCUUGUGGCACGCAGCCACACCAGACAGCCAGUAUCAAGACGCAGGGGCUCCGUGGAGCACCGAGUCUAACACAGUCAUCUUGGAGCCCCAGAAACUUUGUCCUGUAGAAGGCUGAAUUUGAGAUGAGGGAAUGAAUGAUUGAAUGUUUGUGUAAACAAAUACACAUGCAUACUAAUUUGUAAGUUGGGUUU